AUGGCCUCUCUCGACGCAAUUCUCGCCAAGUAUACUGCAGGCCCUGGCCAGGACACCAAAGACAAGGUGCUCGGCGCCACUUUGGUCGUACUCAACAAGGACGGUCUUCUGUACAAUGGGUCAGCGGGCCGCAUCGAUCAUGCGCCUGAUUCUAAACCGUGGAAGGACGAUACCUUUUGCAUGGUGGCGUCGAUGACCAAGAUCGUCACAGCUACAGCCAUUAUGCAGCUGGUUGAACAGGGCGUGCUCAACCUGGACGUCGACGUUCGCGACAUCGUGCCUCAACUGAGACAAAUGCCGAUUUUGAGGGGCUUUACUGAAGAUGAACAGCCCAUUCUCGAAGACCACGACACUCCGGUCAGCUUGAGGAUGCUACUUACACACACUGUUGGUCUCGGCUACGACCUCGCGGAUGACGAACUCAUGAGAUGGCACAAGGCGGUAGGCCGUAAGGUCACUAACCUGGACUGGAGCCUGGAAGGCUUCACUACACCGCUGAAGUUCAAGCCUGGAGAGGGCUGGUUCUACGGCACGGCGGUUGACUGGGCUGGUCAGGUUCUUGAGAAAGUAACCGGUAAGACCCUCGGCGAGUACAUGACCGAGAACAUCUUCGAGCCUUUGGGCAUGAAGGACACGGGUUUCUGGCCGGAGAAAUUGCCCCACGUCGCCGAACGCACCGCCGCGUGGGCCUACCGGGGGGAAGACCAGGUUACUCUCGGCCCGGGCCCCCGCCCGUGUGCGGAGAAGCACCCCGUCGAAAGCGGCGGCGCGGGACUCUUCACCACCGCAGCGGACUACGCCAAGUUUCUGCACGCUCUCUUGACGCAUAAGAUUGUCAAAAAGGAGACUGUAGAUGAGAUGUUCCGACCUCAACUGGACGAGAAAAUCGCCCGGACGUUGGAGAAGGAGGUGUUCAGGUGGCAUGGGGCGGUGGAGUUUGAGAGGGACAUGGGUCUCAGUUAUGGGCUCAGCGGAUGCAUCAACAUGCGAGAUGCGAUCGGAAAACGUAAGAAGGGCAGCAUGACAUGGAGUGGCAUGGCCAAUAGUCACUGGUGGAUGGAUCGCGAGUCGGGCAUCGCGGCGGCGUUGUUUGUUCAGCUCAUGCCAUUUGGUGAUCCCGUUGUUGUCAAGCUGUAUGAUGAGCUGGAGCGCGCCGUGUACAAGGAUCUUCUGGGCGAAGUUUGA